AUGGGGUUCUUCCAAUCAGCUGUGUUACCUACAGGGUCGAAUGUCACGUGGGUGGCGCUGGCACCGAAAUUUGUUGGAGCUACAGAGAUAAAAGACCUUCGACCGAUUAGUAUGGUGGGUUGUGUCUAUAAAGUCAUAUCUAAGGUGUUGGUUCAGAGGAUGCGGAAAGUGAUGCCAGCUCUAGUGGGCGAGACUCAGAGUGCAUUUGUGCAGGGCAGGAAAAUUCACGAUGGGGCGUUGAUAGCUUGUGAAACAGUGCACUGGCUAAGGGCACGAAAAAGGAGAUCAGCGAUAAUUAAACUGGAUUUUCAAAAGGCUUACGAUAGGGUCAAAUGGAGCUUUGUGGAUAUAGUGUUGCAGAAGAUGGGCUUUGGAGAUCGGUGGCGGUGGUGGAUUCAGGAGUGUGUCUGUUCUGCAUCUAUGUCAGUUCUUAUAAAUGGAUCUCCCGCUAAGCCGUUCAAAAUGGAAAGGGGUUUAGGACAGGGAGAUCCUUUAUCUCCAUUUUUGUUUGUCCUGGUUGUCGAUGUGCUUCAUAGAAUGAUAGGGGAGGCGGUGAGGAAUGGGCGCAUAUCGCCGCUGUUGGUUGGUAGAGAUAACAUCGAGUUAUCGCACUUACAGUUUGCGGAUGAUACUAUACUUUUCUGCCCUCCAGAGGAAGAGACCAUAAGGAAUUACAAGCGCCUACUGCGUUGCUUUGAGCUGAUGUCUGGCUUGAAUAUUAAUUUUGAAAAGUCCAGUUUCAUUCCGGUUAAUUGUGAACAGCAGUGGACGAGUAAAAUGUGUCUCUUGCUGGGAUGUAAGGAGCAAGUACUCCCUGUCUGGUACCUUGGGAUCUCUUUGGGAGCAAAUUCGAGGCUAGUUAAGACGUGGAAACCAGUGCUUGAUAAGGUGGAAGCAAAGCUGAGUCUGUGGCAAGCAAAGAGCCUAAAUAAAGCGGGUAAGUUGGUACUAAUUAAAUCUGUCCUUAAUAGCUUGCCUAUAUACUACCUCAGUUUGUAUAAGAUGCCAAAGGCAGUAGCGGAGAAGCUGAUCUCCUUACAAAGACGGUUCUUAUGGAGUAAAGAGGAUGGGAGGGUAGGGCUGCCGCUAGUGAGAUGGGAGGUAGUGAUGGCCCCUAAAAAGGCAGGUGGAUUGGGAGUAGGCGAUGCAGUGGUUCGGAAUACAACUCUUCUAUUUAAAUGGUGGUGGCGGUUUUCGAAAGAGGAUUGCCCCUUAUGGAAAAAAGUAGUGUGUUCUUGUAAUAACUUGAAUCCUUCUGAGAUGCUACGGGGUCAACCUGUUCCCCUGAGAGGGGGCCCAUGGAAGGAUAAUUGUCAGCUUCAAAUUAGAGAGCCACAAGUCAGGGAAAAGAUGAUUAGUGGCUUGUCAUUGGAAGUAGGAAACGACAGAACAAUCCGGUUUUGGGAGGAUGCUUGGUUAACUGGUGGUGUCUUGAAAGAACUGUUUCCAAGACUUUUCUCGGUCUCAAACCUUAAAGGAUCUGUUAUAGGGGACUGUGGGUUUUGGGAUGGGCUAGAGUGGAUAUGGAGCUUCCAGUGGAGACGGGAGUUGUUUCAAUGGGAGUUAGAACUGUUGAACCAACUUCAUGUCAUCCUACGCUCAGUUACGCUAACAACUGAGAGAGAGGAUCGGGUGGUGUGGAAAUUUGAUAGAAGUAGUAUUUUUUCUACAAACUCCUUUGUGCAGGUGAUGCAGGACGCAGUACUCCCGGAGGAAAUAACAAGCUAUAGUUUCACAAGUGCUAUCUGGAGGGGUUUCGUCCCGCCAAGGGUCGAAUUGUUUUCUUGGUUUGUUUUGAUUGAGAGGGUGAAUACUAAGGACAGAUUGUGCAGAUUAGGUGUCAUAGACCAGCUUGAUAAUAUGUGUGCUUUGUGUUGCAAGUCUGUGGAGUAUACUUUUCAUCUCUUUCUUGGUUGUGAGCUCACUUGGCAGAUGUGGAGUGCUUGGCUGUUCGCUCUGGGAAGAGAAUGGUCCAUUCCAGGUACAUUGAAGCAACACUUUGAGAGUUGGACGAAUGCUCCACAAAGAAAGUGUGAGAGGAAGCAGUGGUUGAUUGGUUUCUUUGCUGUAAUUUGGGCAAUUUGGCUUGAGAGAAAUGAUAGGGUGUUCCGUAAUCAAGGCUCAGGUGUGGUGAAAAUCGUUAACAGGUCCUUUAUGCUAUCUGACGAAUGGAUUGGUGGUACUACUCUUGUUAUGGGUGAUUUGGAUUUCACCAAUGAAGUCCACCAUGGUAGAAAAUUUGUUGACAGUGGACACGGAUUAGAGUAUUUAGGAGGAAUGGUUGUGGAGAAUUUAUAUUUUGACGUUGAUAAAUGGUCAUUGUAA